AUGCUGGACAUGAAGUCACACGUUCACGACCCUCUCGACUCCAGUUUGCCUGGAGCGGAAUCGAUUUCAGGCCGGGAAACGGGAACGCCCGGCACUGGAGUCCAUCGAGAUCGAAUGGCGACACGCCAGUUCACUCCCGGUGCCUCAUUGAUACUCGUGGGGAUUCGGGGAUCUGGGAAACGGUCUCUCGGAUUCGUAGCUGCAACUGCACUUAAGCGACGGUUCAUUACUGAGGACCACUACUUCAAGGAAGUCACAGGCCUGACGAGACAAGAAUACCUCAAGACAAGGGGCAGCCAGGCGUUCCAGCAACGAGAUAUUGAAGUGGUGAGCUUGAUGCUUGAAACCCACCGCACGGGCUGUGUGAUCGAAUGUGGGUUGGGAAGUCUCACGCGCCCCGUGCAAGAUCAUCUUCGGCGCAUAGCUACGACAAAUCCUGUGGUGCAUCUCGUUCGCGACAUUCAUCAAAUCCAGAAACUUCUCGGUCUCGAUGAUCAAUCGGUACGACGUCUACAGGAAGGGGAUCCAUUGCAUCGCGAUUGCUCCAAUUUCGAAUUUUACAACCUCGAGGAUCGCACACGGAUCGUCGCCGAGGAUGGAAGCCCUGAUCCUCAAUCCGCCGCGUAUGCUUUCAAAUUGCAGGAUGUCAAGGAAGACUUUACGCGCUUUGUUCGGUUCAUCACCGGCCCUGGCACUGAUCAAUCAAGCUACGACUCGCCCUUUGUUCUCCUGGAAACGCCCCCCGAACAACGACCCUAUACCCACAGCAUUCUUGUGUGGUCCUCAGAUCUCCGUUCUGACCGGGUGAACUUGCCCGAAUUGGAGUCGGGUGGCGAUGCGAUUGAGCUCUGUGUGGAUAUCUGGGAGCCGGACCUGUUGAAUACAAUCAGCCAGCAGGUGUCUACUCUUCGUCGCAACGCGCAAACACCGAUUAUUCUCUCCGUAGAUACGGCUUCCCUCGACGCGGCGAAGGGCAAUGGUUCAACCGCGACCUACUUUGAUGUUUUGGACCAUGCAUUGCGGCUUGCGGUUGAAUAUCUGGUCGUGGACCUGAGCGAAAGUCGAGCCGAUGUGACCCGUCUCAUCCAAUGCCGCGGCCAAACCAAGAUUAUUGGUCAGCAUGUAUUUGCUGCUUCAAGCCGCGUCACCUGGCAAGAUGAGGGGUGUAUCACUAUGUAUCGCGAUGCCGAAAAGCUGGGCUGUCAGCUGGUGCGUCUGCUUCGAGUUGGGACUUCUCGAGAGGAGAAUUCGGGUGUGCACGAGUUUGCCAACAUGAUUCGAUCAUUACCGGGCCAUCACCCACCCCUAAUUGCGUACAAUAUUGGGCGACUGGGCCGAACCUCACAGGUAUUCAACUCCAUUCUUACAAGUGUGACGCAUCCAGCAAUCGUUCGAGCAGCGGAAAAUGAACGGGACGCACUAAUAACAUCGCGAGAUGCAGUGCGGGCGCUGGUGCAGAGCUACGUGCUCGAUCCACUGAAAUUUUGCAUUCUCGGUGCAAAUGUGUCCUACAGUCUGUCUCCCGCAAUGCACAACGCAGCCCACCGGCACUGCGGACUGGGCCACGUGUACACUAUUCCAGAGUCGCCCUCUCUGGCGCUGCUAGAUCAGCUGCGUCAGGAGUCAAGUUUUGGCGGCUGUAGUGUGGUUCAGCCCUGGCGAGUGGAGAUGUAUCACAAGUUGGCUGCCAAGAGUCGACACGCAGAAGCGAUCGGUGCAAUAAAUACCGUCAUGCCGCUCCGAGGCACAGCCGACGGGGUCAUGUACCCUCUCCCGGAGCAAGCUAAUCGGCGCAAUCAAGCAGGCCCGGUGCUGGGUUGGUACGGGGAGAACACGGACUGGGUCGGCAUCAUGACCUGCAUUGCUCGACAUUUAUCUCCACGGAAUGCGAUCAGUGCCAAAACCACCGGUUUGAUCAUUGGAGCGGGUGGCAUGGCGCGGUCGGCCAUCUACGCUAUGCUUCGCUUGGGUUGUCGCAAGAUUUUCAUUUACAAUCGCACGCUUUCGCGCGCCGAGGAGGUUGCUCGCCAUUUCAAUUCGUGGGCUGCUGCACCUCAGCCUCAGUCAGCGUCGGCGUCAGCAGAGGUGGUGCGAGUCCUACAUUCACUUCAGGAUGACUGGCCAGACGAGGCUUCUGCCCCCAGUAUCAUCGCCUCAUGUGUCCCUGCCGAUCCAGACGGAGACCAACCGCCAGCCAACUUUGAAAUGCCCAUGCAAUGGCUCGGCAGCCCAACAGGAGGCGUGGUCAUCGAAUUAUCUUACAAACCCCUAGAAACUCCCUUACUCAAACAGAUGCGCCGCAUUCGAAGCGACAACAAUCGACCGUGGGUUCUGUCUGACGGGUUGGAAAAUGUGAUUGAACAGGGUAUCGCCCAGUUUGAAUUGAUGACUGGUCGAAGAGCGCCUCGGCGUCUCAUGUCCCUGGAGGUUCUCCGGAAUUAUGUGGGAGAAGGUGGCCGCUUUGAUGAGAAGACGAUACAAGCUCGGCUGGAUGGAAUGCAUUCCUAA